AUAUACUCUGAAAAAAUCAUUACACCAUGCCACACACGAUCAUUUCUAAUUAGUCAAAUAAGAGGAGAGAAAUAAAAAACCAGUAAAUUGACAGUAAUGCAGCCAUUGCAAUAAUGCAAUUUACUAAAAACCUCUCCCCCUUACCUAUGAAUAUUGGCUCAUUUCUUCUCCGUUUAGAGAUCACACACCGUCAUGAAGACAAGGAGAAAGUCUUUCGACGAUAAUCUGCGGAUAUUUUUCGAGUCAUCGAAGCUCUGAUUUUUCUCAUUCUCUCUCUAUAUAUAUAUAUAUAUAUAUUUUUUUUAAUAAUAAUUUGGUGUUAAAUUCGCCUGGAGGGAAAUGGUUUGGAGCAAUCCACUGAAGGAAGUGGCGGCCUCCAGGCCAUUGUUCCUGACGAUCUACGCCACUGUGAUUAUCGGAAUUUUAGUGUCGUCGUUUUACGUGUUCUCGGCCGUUUUCUCCGGUCCGAAUUCCGCCUCUUCUCCGUGGUUCUCCACCUCAGCUGCCAUCGGCGCAAGUCCACCAUCCUACAAUCAAGCAUCCAAUUUGUCUCACCAAGUAUGGGCCGGCGAGGCUCCAGGUUCAGCUUCUCUGACUCAAGAAGUACCUUUAGAACCUAUUUGGAAGCCCCCCCCUCCAGGUUCAAAAAUGCCACCUUUGGAGACUUUUCGGCUGUCAAAAGAACUGGUACAGAAAAGAGUGAAAGAUAAUGUAAUAGUUGUGACCUUCGGUAACUUUGCCUUUAUGGAUUUCAUCCUGACCUGGGUUAAACACUUGUCAGAUAUGGGCGUUAAUAACCUUCUUGUUGGUGCAAUGGACACAAAACUGUUGGAAGCUCUUUAUUGGAAAGGUGUUCCAGUGUUUGAUAUGGGUAGUCACAUGAGCACUAUAGAUGUUGGAUGGGGUACCCCUACUUUUCAUAAGAUGGGGAGGGAGAAAGUUAUUCUGAUAGAUUCUAUCUUACCUUUCGGCUUUGAACUACUGAUGUGUGAUACUGACAUGGUCUGGUUAAAGAACCCCCUACCUUAUCUUGCACGUUUUCCUGAAGCAGAUGUGUUGACUUCCACCGAUCAAGUUUCACCGACUGUAGUAGAUGACCGCUUGGAUGACUGGAGGACAGCUGGUGCAGCCUAUAACAUAGGAAUUUUUCACUGGAGACCAACUGCAUCUUCAAUGAAACUUGCAAAAGAAUGGAAGGAAUUGCUUCUAUCUGAUGAAAAAAUAUGGGAUCAAAAUGGUUUCAAUGAAAUUGUUCAUAGACAGCUGGGCCCAUCUGUUGAUGAAGACAGUGGACUUGUAUAUGCUUAUGAUGGAACCCUUAAGCUUGGCCUUCUCCCAGCAAGUAUAUUUUGCAGUGGUCAUACAUACUUUGUCCAGGCCAUGUACCAACAACUUAGGCUGGAGCCUUAUGCUGUCCAUACCACAUUUCAGUAUGCCGGUACUGACGGAAAACGCCACCGGCUACGUGAAGCUAUGGUUUUCAAUGAUCCACCAGAAUAUUACGAUGCACCAGGAGGAUUUUUGACAUUCAAACCUAAUAUACCAAAGAACUUGAUGUUAGAUGGAGAACACAAUGUUGAGUCACACUUCGCUCUAGUUAAUUAUCAGAUCAAGCAGAUACGUACCGCACUGGCCAUUGCUUCAUUGUUGGGCCGCACACUGGUAAUGCCAUCACUAUGGUGCAGGUUGGAUAGGCUGUGGUUUGGACAUCCCGGGAUAUUGGAGGGAACUUUGACUAGGCAACCAUUUUUAUGCCCUUUGGAUCAUGUGUUUGAGGUUGAUAUAAUGUUAAAGGAACUUCCAAAGGAGGAAUAUGGGCCUGGGAUUGAUAUUAGGGAGUAUUCAUUUUUUCAGAAUCCAUCUGUGCCUCAGCAGGUGAAAGAUUCAUGGCUUGAUGUGCAACUUUGUCAAGAAGGGUCACGUGGCUGUGAAGUUUCAAACAGCACAAUUCGAUCGGGAAUUCUCAAGUUCCCUAAGCGAAGUACAGAAGAAACGUUGAAGACCAUAUUCUCAUCCUUCAAAGAUGUCAAAGUCAUCCAGUUUUCAUCAAUGCAAGAAGCCUUCUUAGGAUUCACGGACAAGACAAAGGAAGAAAAAUUCAGGAAGCGUGUAAAGCUGUAUACGGGCAUAUGGUGCUGUGUAGAACAUAAAACUCCAGGCCACAUAUAUUACGACAUGUAUUGGGAUGAAAAACCUGGUUGGAAACCUAAACCUCCUCAGACUCCUCAAGAGGACCAUCCCCCAUUAUGAGGUUUAACUUUGAACUGCACAAACAUUUUCUUUUUCCCUUUUUUUCUUUAUAAAGUCUGAGGAGAAAUGUAAAUCAAAACAAGAGGAGAAAGAUGGAAGUAGCAUAACCCACGUUAUUUAAGACUGUCUAUUGAGAAGUGUAUGUUCUAAAAUCUAUGUACUAAGGCUAGUGUUAGAAAUUCUGUGUAACACUACAAAUAAUGAUGGAUAUUUAAUAUAAUAAUUUAUGUGUUUGUAAUAUUCUGAUGGAUAUUGAAUAAUAACUAGUGUUGUUAAAUUAAACCACAUAUAUUUUACCUCAUAAAA